AUGACGACUCCAAGAAAACUCAAUAUGUUGGAAAGGCUCGCCAAUAUGGCUGGGCAUAUAUAUCGACACCAGGCGAGACAGUUUCCGCGUCGUUUUACCAUCCUGAAAGAAGUUGCAAAGAAAGAAUUGGCACCACCAACACCGAAAGAAUGGCCUUUAGUGGUUAAUGAAUUCAAACAGUUGAUGAAUGCGAUCAAUACGAAAGCUUAUAAGAAUCUCACAGUUCGAGAAGCGAUGGUUUACUCGGCUGUUUUUAUGGAAGUCAUAUUCUGGUUCUUCGUUGGCGAAAUGAUAGGUCGACGAUACAUCUGUGGUUAUCUGGUACCGGCUACAUACGUCUCAAAGGAGACCAGAAAAUUAGCAUCUCAGAUGGAAAUCGAAGACAAGCACAAUUUUUAG